CAAGAGCACGUGACUGGCUCGCGCCAUCACAGCCUGCGCUGCCCGUUCUGCGCUAGAACACGAGAUGCUCAGCGGCUGGGCGGACGCCCAACUCUCGCAGCGAGGCGCCUGCACCCUGGCCGGCCGCUGAAUCGAGGUGGGGCCUUGCUGCGCAGCUUCGAGCGCCGCCGCGGCCCAUGCGAAAUGUCACCUCGCAGCGCCCCUCGAUGCGCCCCGCAGCAGGCUGCCCUCGAAAGAGCAGGCCGCCGGACGAGGUGCGUGCCAAGCCGAUGCGGCACAUCAGGGGCAGCGCCGUCGUGCGAACUGCGGCAGAAGAAAGCGCUCAGAGCGCAGGAGAGGGGCAGCAUGAAACGAGGAUGCGCUGCGAGAGGGGUCCGAGCUGAGAGCUCUGCCGCUCUGCAUGCUGUGUGCAUCUGGAGCAGCGUGCGAAUGAGAGCGGAUCGAGCGGUGAGGAGGGGCCCGUUCGGUGGGAAGCGAGGCCAAGGCCGCCCGACGAUCCGUGCAGCGGCAGAGCGGCAGGCGCCCGAGGGGCGGGUACGCUAGCGCGGCGACGGCACCUCGGGUGUGUUGCUUGGCGGCGGGCGCGCCGCUCGUGUGGCUUCCACGCCGCGCGCCGGCGCGAUGCCG